AUGCUGCUCCCCGACGGGGCGCGCGGCCCUGGGGGUGUCUCCCGGGGCGCGCGCGGCAGAGGCUACACCAGCGGGACCUUCGAAUCCGACGACGGCCGACGCGACCCCAGGGUCCAGGUGGAAUUCUACGUCAACGAGAACACUUUCAAGGAGCGGCUCAAGCUGUUCUUCAUCAAAAACCAAAGAUCAAGCCUGCGGAUUCGACUGUUCAACUUCUCUCUGAAGCUCCUAACCUGCCUGCUAUACAUUGUCCGUGUCCUGCUCGAUGACCCAGCCCUGGGGAUCGGUUGCUGGGGCUGUCCCAAGCAGAACUACACCUUCAAUGACUCAUCCUCGGAGAUCAACUGGGCUCCCAUCCUGUGGGUGGAGAGGAAGAUGCCUCUGUGGGCAAUCCAGGUCAUCGUGGCCAUAAUAAGCUUCCUGGAGACCAUGCUGCUCAUCUACCUCAGCUACAAGGGCAACAUCUGGGAGCAGAUCUUCCGGGUCUCCUUCGUGCUGGAGAUGAUCAACACGCUGCCUUUCAUCAUCACGAUCUUCUGGCCACCGCUGCGGAACCUGUUCAUCCCUGUAUUCCUCAACUGCUGGCUGGCCAAGCACGCGCUGGAGAACAUGAUUAACGACUUCCACCGAGCCAUCCUGCGGACGCAGUCGGCCAUGUUUAACCAGGUCCUCAUCCUCUUCUGCACCUUGCUGUGCCUGGUCUUCACGGGGGGUCUAAGGACCUGCGGCAUUCAGCACCUGGAGCGUGCGGGCGAGAACCUGUCGCUGCUGACGUCCUUCUACUUCUGCAUUGUCACCUUCUCCACCGUGGGCUACGGUGACGUGACGCCCAAGAUCUGGCCGUCCCAGCUCCUGGUGGUCAUCAUGAUCUGCGUGGCUCUCGUGGUGCUUCCACUGCAGUUCGAGGAGCUGGUGUACCUGUGGAUGGAGAGGCAGAAGUCGGGGGGCAACUACAGCCGCCACCGUGCGCAAACCGAGAAGCACGUGGUCCUGUGCGUGAGCUCGCUCAAGAUCGACCUCCUCAUGGACUUCCUCAACGAGUUCUACGCCCACCCACGGCUCCAGGACUACUAUGUGGUCAUCCUGUGUCCCACCGAGAUGGACGUCCAGGUGCGCAGGGUCCUACAGAUCCCCCUGUGGUCCCAGCGGGUCAUCUACCUCCAGGGCUCUGCGCUAAAGGACCAGGACCUCAUGAGAGCCAAGAUGGACAAUGGGGAGGCCUGCUUCAUUCUCAGCAGUAGGAAUGAGGUGGACCGCACAGCUGCGGACCACCAGACCAUCCUGCGUGCCUGGGCCGUGAAGGACUUUGCUCCCAACUGCCCCCUCUACGUCCAGAUCCUCAAGCCCGAGAACAAGUUCCACGUCAAGUUUGCGGACCACGUGGUGUGUGAGGAGGAGUGCAAGUACGCCCUGCUGGCGCUCAACUGCAUCUGCCCGGCCACCUCCACCCUCAUCACCUUGCUGGUGCACACGUCCCGCGGCCAGGAAGGACAGGAGUCACCCGAGCAGUGGCAACGCAUGUAUGGGCGCUGCUCGGGCAACGAAGUCUACCACAUACGCAUGGGCGACAGCAAAUUCUUCCGCGAGUACGAGGGCAAGAGUUUCACCUACGCGGCCUUCCAUGCCCACAAGAAGUAUGGCGUGUGCCUCAUCGGGGUGAAGCGUGAGGACAACAAGAGCAUCCUGCUGAACCCGGGGCCGCGGCACCUCCUGGCCGCCUCCGACACCUGCUUCUACAUCAACAUCACCAAGGAGGAGAACUCGGCCUUCAUCUUCAAGCAGGAGGAGAAGCAGCAGCGGAGGCAGGGGCUGGGCGAGGGGCCCUCCCGCCUGCCCGUGCACAGCAUCAUUGCCUCUAUGGGAACGGUGGCCAUGGACCUGCAAAGCACGGAUCGCCGACCUUCACAGAGCGCUGGGGGUGGUGGGGCCAGCAAGCUGGCACUGCCCACGGAGAAUGGCUCAGGCAGCCGGCGGCCCAGUAUCGCGCCUGUCCUGGAGCUGGCUGACAGUUCCGCCUUGCUGCCCUGCGACCUGCUGAGUGACCAAUCGGAGGAUGAGGUGACACCGUCAGAUGAUGAGGGGCUGUCCGUGGUGGAGUACGUGAAGGGCUACCCCCCCAACUCGCCCUACAUCGGCAGCUCCCCCACCCUGUGCCACCUGCUGCCUGUGAAAGCCCCCUUCUGCUGCCUGCGGCUGGACAAGGGCUGCAAGCACAACAGCUAUGAAGAUGCCAAAGCCUAUGGGUUCAAGAACAAGCUGAUCAUCGUGUCAGCUGAGACGGCCGGGAAUGGGCUGUACAACUUCAUCGUGCCACUGCGGGCCUAUUACAGGUCGCGCAAGGAGCUCAACCCCAUCGUACUGCUGCUGGACAAUAAGCCUGACCACCACUUCCUGGAAGCUAUCUGCUGCUUCCCUAUGGUCUACUACAUGGAGGGCUCUGUGGACAACCUGGACAGCCUGCUGCAGUGCGGGAUCAUCUACGCUGACAAUUUGGUGGUGGUGGACAAGGAGAGCACCAUGAGCGCAGAGGAGGACUACAUGGCGGACGCCAAGACCAUCGUCAACGUGCAGACCAUGUUCCGGCUCUUCCCCAGCCUCAGCAUCACCACGGAGCUCACACACCCUUCCAACAUGCGCUUCAUGCAGUUCCGUGCCAAGGACAGCUACUCCCUGGCUCUCUCCAAGCUGGAGAAGAGGGAGCGUGAGAAUGGCUCCAACCUGGCUUUCAUGUUCCGCCUGCCGUUCGCCGCCGGCCGCGUCUUCAGCAUCAGCAUGUUGGACACACUGCUCUACCAGUCCUUCGUGAAGGACUACAUGAUCACCAUUACCAGGCUGCUGCUGGGGCUGGACACCACACCCGGCUCUGGUUACCUCUGUGCCAUGAAGGUCACCGAGGAUGACCUAUGGAUCCGCACCUACGGGCGCCUCUUCCAAAAGCUCUGCUCAUCCAGCGCCGAGAUCCCCAUCGGCAUCUACCGGACCGAGAGUCACGUCUUCUCCACCUCGGAGCCGCAUGACCUCAGAGCCCAGUCCCAGAUCUCCGUGAACGUGGAGGACUGUGAGGACACGCGGGACACCAAGGCACCCUGGGGUGCGCGGGCGGGCACUGGCAGCACCCACAGCUGCCACACAAGCGGCGGGGACCCUGCGGAGCACCCGCUGCUGCGGCGUAAGAGCCUGCAGUGGGCGCGGAGGCUGAGCCGCAAGGGCGCCCGGCACGCAGGCAAGGCGGUGGCCGCCGAGUGGAUCAGCCAGCAGCGGCUCAGCCUGUACCGGCGCUCGGAGCGCCAGGAGCUCUCAGAGCUGGUCAAGAACCGCAUGAAGCACCUGGGGCUGCCCACCACGGGCUACGAGGACGUAGCAAAUUUAACAGCCAGUGAUGUCAUGAAUCGGGUAAACCUGGGAUAUUUGCAAGACGAGACAAACGACCACCAGAACACCCUCUCCUACGUCCUCAUCAACCCUCCACCCGGCACCAGGCUGGAGCCCAACGACAUCGUGUAUCUCAUCCGCUCCGACCCCCUGGCUCAUGUGGCCAGCAGCUCCCAGAGCAGCUGCAGCCACAAGCUGUCAUCCUGCAACCCCACGACACGUGACGAGACGCAGCUCUGAUCCACCUACAUGGAGCUCACGCUGCCGGGCGUGGGAUGGUACCCUGCGGGCGCCACAGGGAGGACGCAGGACGAGUGCAUGGACGUGGUCAUGCUGGCCAGGCCGGGAAGCCACAUCAUCCUCCCUGGACAUCCUCCCACAGCUGGAGGCCAGCGGGGAGCAUUUUUUAACCUGUUUUUACAAAUGUGCCCGACCGUGUCUCUCCACUGAUGGACCGCAACUCGUGACGGGCCUGGCUGAGGAGGGAGAGCCCUGUGCUGGGGAAGCCAGCAUUCACCCGGAGCAGGGGACCGCCCCAUCCACGUCCUGGGGCCUGUCCACGCCCAGCCGGGGCGAGGCCUGUGGGCCUACAAAGGGCCUCUGCCUCCUGCUGUCCCGAGCCCUUCUGGGGGAUGUUAAAAGCAGGGGAGGGUCUUGGAGCUUGGCUCACCUGGAGACCCCUGGGGAGCUUGGGUGGGGGCUCUGAAGCCCCUGUGAACGUGAGGACGCAGACAGACUCCUGCCAGCCCUGCGGCUGACAAUGCUGUGAGAAAGAACCUGAAGAUGCCUCUGCGUCCUCUGCUUUUACACGGACCCUCCCGGCCACCGUGUCUGGGGGCGUUGGGCAGCGCUGGUGCCUCCACGGACCGUUUUAAGCCCCUUUGAAGCAAAGCCUCAUUUUCUAAACACUGAUCUGUGAAGCACAAUAGGCCUCUGGGGCCGCAGACUGCCGCCUACCUCGGAUGUCCUCUGAGCUAGGAGACCUGGACAGCUGGUCGCUGGGGCCAGGCCUGGGAGGCUGCCGGCUCCUGGGGGUCUGUGACUGGUUUGUACAGACAGUGCUGGAAGCUUCUAUUAAAUGGGUGCAUUCUGCAGG